AUGGGUCUUGCCCAGCUAUACAAGAAGUACUGUCUUCAUGCCGAGGCUGGAAAAGAUGCUGCAGAGAAAGUGAGCUGGAUAAAGGAUAAACUUUUGCACAUAUAUUAUCAAAAUAGCAUUGAUGACAAAUUACUGGUAGAGAAAAUCUUUGCUCAGUAUCUCGUUCCACACAAUUUGGAAACAGAAGAGCGAAUGAAGUGCUUGUAUUAUUUGUAUGCUAGCUUGGAUCCAAAUGCUGUCAAAGCACUGAACGAGAUGUGGAAGUGCCAGAACAUGCUAAGAAGUCACGUACGAGAAUUACUAGACUUGCAUAAGCAGCCCACUUCAGAAGCAAACAGUGCUGCCAUGUUUGGAAAGCUGAUGACCAUAGCAAAAAACCUUCCAGAUCCUGGAAAAGCACAAGAUUUUGUGAAGAAAUUCAACCAGGUUCUGGGUGACGAUGAGAAACUUCGGUCCCAGCUUGAACUGUUAAUUAGCCCUACGUGUUCUUGUAAACAGGCAGAUGUCUGUGUGAGAGAGAUAGCCCGGAAACUUGCAAAUCCUAAGCAGCCAACAAAUCCUUUUCUGGAAAUGGUCAAAUUUCUUUUGGAAAGAAUUGCCCCUGUACAUAUUGACUCAGAAGCCAUUAGUGCACUAGUAAAACUAAUGAAUAAAUCCAUAGAGGGGACAGCUGAUGAUGAAGAGGAGGGUGUAAGUCCUGAUACUGCUAUUCGUGCAGGACUUGAACUUCUCAAGGUUCUCUCCUUUACACAUCCUACCUCGUUCCACUCUGCGGAGACCUAUGAGUCUCUGCUGCAGUGCCUCAGGAUGGAAGAUGAUAAGGUAGCUGAGGCAGCCAUACAGAUUUUCAGAAACACGGGUCACAAAAUAGAAACAGACCUGCCACAGAUAAGAUCAACACUAAUUCCGAUUUUGCAUCAGAAAGCAAAAAGAGGCACUCCUCAUCAGGCGAAACAAGCUGUUCACUGUAUACAUGCUAUAUUUUCAAAUAAAGAAGUGCAGCUUGCACAGAUCUUUGAGCCUCUUAGUAGAAGUUUGAAUGCUGAUGUACCAGAACAACUUAUAACUCCAUUAGUCUCAUUGGGUCAUAUUUCCAUGUUGGCACCAGACCAGUUUGCUUCUCCAAUGAAAUCUGUUGUUGCAAAUUUCAUUGUGAAGGAUCUCCUAAUGAAUGACAGGGUGCAAGCAAUUAAACUUUUGGUACGCUGGCUGUUGGGUAUGAAAAACAACCAGUCGAAAUCCGCAAAUUCCACACUCCGGUUAUUAUCAGCUAUGCUCGUCAGUGAAGGAGACUUGACAGAACAGAAGCGAAUCAGCAAAUCAGAUAUGUCUCGACUGCGAUUAGCUGCUGGUAGUGCAAUAAUGAAGCUUGCACAGGAACCCUGUUACCAUGAAAUAAUUACCCCAGAACAGUUCCAGCUCUGUGCACUCGUCAUUAAUGACGAGUGCUACCAAGUGAGGCAGAUAUUUGCCCAGAAACUGCAUAAGGCACUUGUGAAAUUACUGCUCCCUUUGGAAUAUAUGGCAAUCUUUGCUUUGUGUGCCAAAGACCCUGUGAAAGAGAGAAGAGCACAUGCCAGACAGUGUUUGCUCAAAAACAUCAGUAUACGAAGAGAAUAUAUUAAGCAGAAUCCUAUGGCUAACGAAAAAUUGCUAUCCUUGCUGCCUGAAUAUGUGGUACCAUAUAUGAUUCACUUGCUGGCACAUGAUCCAGAUUUCACAAAACCUCAGGAUGUUGAUCAGCUUCGUGAUGUCAAAGAGUGCCUGUGGUUCAUGCUUGAAGUUUUAAUGACAAAGAAUGAGAACAAUAGCCAUGCCUUCAUGAAAAAGAUGGCAGAAAACAUCAAGCUUACCCGAGAUGCUCAGUCUCCUGAUGAGCCAAAGGCCAAUGAAAAACUUUAUACAGUAUGUGACGUAGCACUAUGUGUAAUCAACAGCAAAAGUGCUUCAUGCAAUGCAGAUUCACCCAAGGACCCUGUAUUGCCAACCAAAUUUUUUACACAACCUGAAAAGGAUUUCUGCAAUGACAGGAAUUACGUUUCAGAAGAGACAAGGGUUCUUCUUUUGACAGGAAAGCCAAAACCAACUGGUGUAUUAGGUACAGUAAACAAACCAUUAUCUGCAACUGGAAGGAGACCGUAUAUCAGAACUACAGGAUCAGAGACUGGAAGCAAUAUCAGUGUAAACUCUGAGCUGAGCUCUCCUGCAGGAAACAGAUCAAGGGAACAAAGUUCGGAUAUAUCAGAAACUGGGGUCAGUGAAAAUGAUGAAAAUCCUGUGAGGAUUAUUUCAGUCACACCAGCAAAGACAGAACCUGUGAAAAACAAGGAGAUUAAUUCUGAUCAGGCUACACAAGGAAACAGUACUGAACGUGGGAAAAAAAGAACAGCAACAGCAUCUGGAACUGAGAAUAUCCAUCAAAAACCGGAAGAAAAAAAUGUAGAUGAAACAGGACCAUCACUCGCAGCAAAAACCAGGAGAGGGCAUCCACCCAAACCUGAACCUCAGGGUACCACUGCAAAAAAUGAGGAAACAAAUAAACCACCUGUCAGGGGAAGGAAAAGGGCAGCCGUCAGUCAAGAAAGUCCAGGGAAUUUAGAGGCAGGUAAUGCCAAAGCACCAAAACAGCAAGACACAGCAAAAAAGCCAGCAGCAGCACAGAGACAAAUUGAUCUACAAAGAAGCCAGGUGCUUGGAAGUGAUGGAGAUUCACUGUUGGAGAUAGACUCGAGUCCAGAAUAUUCCCAAAAUGCAAUGGAUCUUUUUAAGGCCUGUGGGAGCAGCCAGGAAGAUACUGAGGAUACAGAGAUAGCAGAGGGAGGCUUCCUUAAGGUGUAG